AGCAGUGCGCCGCCUUGUGGUCUGGAGCCGUCACUACAAGGGAGCCCGGUGCAGGGAGAUUUUAUGUGAAUUUGUCACCUUGGAUACAUUGUUGCUGCUUCACUCUGAUCUACAGGACUACAACUCCCAGCAGGAUCUGGGGGCAGUGCAAAACUACAACUUCCGGCCAUCGGCUCACAGGGCAUGCUGGGAGUUGUAGUGCCAAUGAAUCAGGUGACUUGGCUCCUUCCCAGUUGUGUUCUGACAGGCUCCGCACCUCCUCUCCGCCCAUUCCCCGUCUGUCUCCAUGGAGGAGUUGUACACACAGCGGCCUCGGCAGAGAUGAUGGGAGACGUUGUCCUCCGCUAAUGUGGUGCCCCCCACACCAGAUGCCCCCACCAUGUCUUGUCCUUUACUGCCCGACCCCCCUGUCCACUCCUCUGGCUUCGCCCCCCGCAGGAUCCACAGGAUAACUCUACAGCGCCCCCCUUAUACUGAGGCCAAGCUGGAGCUGAUGGCCGCACUCCGGAGCCCCCUAGGCACACAGCAGGCCCCACCAGCCACCCAGGGCUACCUCACAUGGCUAGAGGUCAGCCGGCUGACCCCCCUCCUCCCCCUGCGCCAGGACAGACCCCACAACAGCGUGGUGUGGCGACAGAUCACUGCAGCUCCCACCAGACCCCGUGACACCAUCCCCCCGCCGUCCCGCAUGGAGGACAACACCUGGGACAAGUUCCUGCGCUGCAGUGGGAUCCGCAGAAGUGAGACGGAUUCCAGGACGUUACGUCUACGAAGCCAAGGGAGGGCGCCCCCUGUGGACAGUCACGGGAACAUCCUGCCCCCCGAGGGCUUCAGGCGGUACACGGCAUCGGGUAUCACCGCCACGGCCGGGUCAGAGGUGACAUCUGUCCCCGUGGAGACUGGACUCUACAGCGCCCUCCAGUUCCCCCACAAACCCCGAAAACUGACCUUGAAGAAGAACUCCGCCAACUACCAGGAAAUCCUCCAGAAGUAUAGGGAGCUGCAGAGAGGAGCGCGAAGCAUCGCACCGUACAACAGCCGGAUGACCACUCCGAGGACCGGGGCCCAAGGGGCCCAAGUGUGGCCCCUCAACAGCAGCAACAAGGACUGAGGUUAUGACAACAUAACGGAACAUUGGGUUAUUACAUCAACAUCAUGGACUACUACACCCAGCAUAACCCUCAUCAUCUUCCCUAGUGGCAUAGUAGGAUUGGAUACGCAUCUAACUAAACAGUAUCAGACAGUAUCACACAUGAUAGGAUUAGAUACACAGCUUAGCACAGUAUCACACAUGAUAGGAUUAGAUACACAGCUCAGCAGACAGUAUCACACAUGAUAGGAUUAGAUACACAGCUUAGCACAGUAUCACACAUGAUAGGAUUAGAUACACAGCUCAGCAGACAGUAUCACACAUGAUAGGAUUAGAUACACAGCUCAGCAGACAGUAUCACACAUGAUGGGAUUAGAUACACAGUUUAGCACAGUAUCACACAUUAUUGGAUUAGAUACACAGCUUAGCACGGUACCACAAGCAAUAGUAUUAAAUACACAUAAGACAGUAUCACAUAUAAGUUUAGAUACAUGACUUAACUCUUGAUCGGCUUAGAUGCAGUAGCUCAUAAGACAGUAUCUCACACACUAGGUUUACAUACAUCAGCUCAGCAGAUAGUUUCACACACUUGGCUUAGAUACACUGCACUGCAGACAGUAUUACACACUCUAGGCUUAGAUACACAGCUCAAUUGAUAGUUUCACACACCAGUAUUACAUACACAGCUCAGUACACUGUAUCACACAUGAUAGGCUUAGAUACACAGCUCAGCAGACAGUAUCACACACUAGGCUUAGAUACACAGCUCAGCAGACAGUAUCACACACUAGGCUUAGAUACACAGCUCAGCAGACAGAUUCACACACACUAGGCAUAGAUACACAGCUUGGCAGACAGUAUCACACAAACUAGGCUUAGAUACACAGCUUGGCAGACAGUAUCGCACACACACUAGGCUUAGAUACACAGCUUGGCAGACAGUAUCACACACAAGGCUUAGAUACACAGCUUGGCAGACAGUAUCACACACACUAGGCAUAGAUACACAGCUCGGCAGACAGUAUCACACACUAGGCUUAGAUACACAGCUCAGCAGACAGUAUGACACACGCCUUAGGCUUAGAUACACAACUUGGCAGACAGUAUCACACACACUAGGCUUAGAUGCACAGCUUGGCAGACAGUAUCACACACUAGGCUUAGAUACACAGCUCAGCAGACAGUAUCACACACACUAGGCUUAGAUACACAGCUCAGCAGACAGUUUCACACACCCUAGGCUUAGAUACACAGCUCAGCAGACAGUAUCACACACAUACUAGGCUUAGAUACACAGCUCAGCAGACAGUAUCACACACACCAGGAUUACAUACACAGCUCAGUAGACUGUAUCACAAGAUAGGCUUAGAUACACAGAUCAGCAGACAGUAUCUCACACAAGGCUUAGAUACACAGCUUGGCAGACAGUAUCACACACACUAGGCUUAGAUACACAGCUCGGCAGACAGUAUCACACACUGGGCUUAGAUACACAGCUCAGCAGACAGUAUGACACACGCCCUAGGCUUAGAUACACAGAUCGGCAGACAGUAUCACACACACUAGGCUUAGAUACACAGCUCAGCAGACAGUAUCACACACACUAGGCUUAGAUACACAGCUUGGCAGACAGUAUCACACACACUAGGCUUAGAUACACAGCUUGGCAGACAGUAUCACACACUAGGCUUAGAUACACAGCUUGGCAGACAGUAUCACACACACUAGGCUUAGAUACACAGCUCAGCAGACAGUAUCACACACUAGGCUUAGAUACACAGCUCAGCAGAUAGUAUCACAUACACUAGGCUUAGAUACAGCUCAGCAGACAGUUUCACACACACUAGGCUUAGAUACACAGCUCAGCAGACAGUAUCACACACACUAGGCUUAGAUACACAGCUCAGCAGACAGUAUCACACACACUAGGCUUAGAUACACAGCUCAGCAGACAGUAUCACAUACACUAGGCUUAGAUACACAGGUCAGCAGACAAUAUCACACACACACUAGGCCUAGAUACACAGCUCGGCAGACAGUAUCACAUAUACUAGGCUUAGAUACACAGCUCAGCAGACAGUAUCACAUACACUAGGCUUAGAUACACUGCUCGGCAGACAGUAUCACAUACACUAGGCUUAGAUACACAGCUCAGUAGACAGUAUCACACACACUAGGCUUAGAUACACAGCUCAGCAGACAGUAUCACACACACUAGGUUUAGAUACACCGCUCGGCAGACAGUAUCACACACACUAGGCUUAGAUACAAAGCUCGGCAGACAGUAUCACACACUAGGCUUAGAUACACAGCUCGGCAGACAGUAUUGCACACACGGCUUAGAUACACAGCUCUGCAGACCGUAUCACACACACACUAGGCUUAGAUACAUAGCUCGGCAGACUAUCACAUACACACUAGGCUUAGAUACACAGCUCUGCAGACAGUAUCACACACACUAGGCUUAGAUACAGCUCAGCAGACAGUUUCACACACACACACACGGCUAAGAUACACAGCUCAGCAGACAGUAUCACACACACUAGGCUUAGAUACACAGCUCAGCAGACAGUAUCACACACACUAGGCUUAGAUACACAGCUCAGCAGAUAGUAUCAUAUACACUAGGCUUAGAUACACAGGUCAGCAGACAGUAUCACACACACUAGGCCUAGAUACACAGCUCGGCAGACAGUAUCACAUAUACUAGGGCUUAGAUACAUAGCUCGGCAGACAGUAUCACACAGUAGGCUUAGAUACACAGCUCAGCAGACUAUCACACACACUAGGCUUAGAUACAGAGCUCUGCAGACAGUAUCACACAAACUAGGCUUAGAUACAUAGCUCGGCAGACAGUAUCACACACACUAGGCUUAGAUACACAGCUCAGCAGACAGUAUCACAUAUACUAGGCUUAGAUACACAGCUCAGCAGGCAGUAUCACACACACUAGGCUUAGAUACACAGGUCAGCAGACAGUAUCACACACACUAGGCUUAGAUACACAGCUCAGCAGACAGUAUCACACACACUAGGUUUAGAUACACAGCUCGGCAGACAGUAUCACACACACUAGGCUUAGAUACACAGCUCGGCAGACAGUAUCACACACACUAGGCUUAGAUACACAGCUCUGCAGACAGUAUCAAACACACUAGGCUUAGAUACACAGCUCAGUAGACAGUAGCACAUACACUAGGCUUAGAUACACAGCUCAGCAGACAGUAUGACACACACUAGGCUUAGAUACACAGCUCAGCAGACAGUAUCACACACACUAGGCUUAGAUACACAGCUCAGCAGACAGUAUCACAUACACUAGGCUUAGAUACACAGGUCAGCAGACAGUAUCACACACACUAGGCCUAGAUACACAGCUCAUCAGACAGUAUCACACACACUAGGCUUUGAUACACUGCUCAGCAGACAGUAUAAUAUACACUAGGCUUAGAUACACAGCUCAGCAGACAGUAUCACACACACUAGGUUUAGAUACACAGCUCGGCAGACAGUAUCACACACACUAGGCUUAGAUACACAGCUCGGCAGACAGUAUCACACACACUAGGCUUAGAUACACAGGUCGGCAGACAGUAUCACACACACUAGGCUUAGAUAUACAGCUCUGCAGACAGUAUCACACACACUAGGCUUAGAUACACAGCUCGGCAGACAGUAUCACACACACACUAGGCUUAGAUACAUAGCUCGGCAGACAGUAUCACACACAAUAGGCUUAGAUACAUAGCUCGGCAGACAGUAUCACACACACUAGGCUUAGAUACACAGCUCUGCAUACAGUAUCACACACACUAGGCUUAGAUACAUAGCUCGGCAGACAGUAUCACACACACUAGGCUUAGAUACACUUCAGCAGAUGAUAAUAUACUGUGUAUGGAGAUAAUAAUAUCUUCAUGUUUCUCAUAUUCUUGGUCACGGGCAAAUUAAGCAAAAAAGUUGGGUGACCGCCACUGGGGGCGCUAUGAUGGCUGCAUCUGCCAACACUAUGGGAUAAACCGUGUUACACCUCACAUGUAAUACCACGUUCACCCUCCAGGGGUCACCGCUCCAGAUUCUCCCUUUACACCAGUGGUGUCCAAACUGUGGCCCUCGAGAUGUUGCAAAACGACAACUCCCCAUGCUGGGAGUUGUAGUUUUGCAACAUCUGGAGGGCCGCAGUUUGGACACCACUGCUUUACACAGUUCACCUGAUAACAUACAAGCCGCCUGCAGCCACCACUAGGGGGAGCUCAGUGCACACCGGGCGACGUCAGCUGCUCCUCUGAUGAUGUCAUCAGGUGACAUCACUAUAGUGACUUCGAUGUAGAUCUGUGUCACAUACGGUUCUGAUACUAGUUUAAAAAAAAAACGCAUUUUUUUAAAAAUUGCGCAAAUUUCCGAGUCGUAUUUGUUUAACGAAGUUUCAUCUGGUUUGGCUCAAAGUCACAUGACCACAGACCUUGGUAUAUACAGCGGCCUCCCAGAUAUAUAAAUAGAGCCGUCUCUUCCUGCCGUCCCCCCCGAAGCGUGGGAAUCGGCUCCUCCAGAUAUCCUAAAUAUUUGGACUCUUGGUCGCCGACCCCCGGAAAGUAGUUAACCCUUCUUAUACAGGAAUGGCUACACUUUAUUUAUUUAUUUAUUUUUAAACAGUGCUACCCCGGGGUGGUGCUGUUUCGGGACCGUUCUGUAGCAACUGCCCCCCCCCCCCAACCGCUAUCUGGACAUGCUGGGAGUUGUAGUUUUGUAGAGGCAUCCUGGUUGCGAAACACUGGCCAAGAUAGUAAACUGCCAGUCACUGAGUAGGACCGCCCACUUGACUACUUAGAAAAGAUUCAGUAGAACUUAUCGAUUGA